AUGCGAGCACAGUUUUCAGGUAUUGAAACAGAAGAGGGGAAGGUAGUAGCUUAUGCUUCUCGGCAGUUAAAGAAGUAUGAAUGUAACUACCCUACACAUGAUUUGGAGUUAGCAGCAAUUAUGUUAGCUCUAAAGUUGUGGAGACAUUACUUGUUUGGUAAAGCAAAUGUAGUAGUUGAUGCUUUAAGUCGAAAAACUAGAUCAGCUAGAGCUAGUAUCAAUUCAGUGAAGGGUACACUGAUAAAUGAGUUGUAUAAUCCUAGGGCAGCAUUAUCAAUCGGUCAAAAAGGAGGGUUACUAGCUUCAUUUCAAGUGCAUCCUACGCUCGUAGAAGAUAUUCUACAUGAACAAUUAAAGGAUUUCGAUCUUCAAAACUUAGCUGAUGAAGUAGAUAAAGGAUUGAGGAUGGACUACCAAUUAAGAGCGGACAGAGUGCUAUUGAAAGAAGGUAGGAUAUGCGUACCUAAGGAUUUAGCACUUAAAUAA